AUGGCGCCUUACCAUGAGAUCAACGGCGAGAGGGCAGCCGAACUCGGCUCCCGAUCGACUUUGUCGAGGAUAUUGACAAGGCUACCCUUACUCUUCAGUUUUGCGCUUCUCAGCUGUACCUGGCUGGCGUUCACAUUCACGAUCACCAUCCCGGAGGUGCUGCUUCGACGUCAUGAUACGUGGCACUUCAUCGAACAGCUGCUCAUCUUCAACAUCCUCAUGGGGUUGACUAUGCUGUCCCUGUUUACCGCCGCCACUCGGUCACCUGGUCACCCUGACCCGAGCGCCGCUCCUUUCGCUUACGUUCCUGAGGAAAUACGCCAAGGCCCAGUCACGCUUGCUGCCCUCCCUCAUGCGCAAGAGGCACCUUGUCGAUCAAGUCCAUCACCGCUGCAGCUUGAUCAGCUCGAAGCUGAAAGAUCCGGAGCCAGUUCCGCGCAUCCCGCCGCCCGGACCGCCGAUCCCGACGAUAUCCCUCUGCGCUACUUGAGAAACUCUCAGUGGGUGGAGGGUCGGAUAGCGAAGGAUCAUCCGUCCCCACUGCCUCUCCCUUCGCGCCGACCGAUGCCUCCAGCACCUCUUCAGCGCAAUAUGCGAGCAUCGUCGGACGGCGGAGACGGUCACACUCCUACCAUAUCGCCCUUCCCGCUCGGACUGAGCCCCUUCGUUCCAAGCACUGCUGUGGAAGCCGGUGGGGAAUCAGACUGGACGGACGAGGAGGAUGUAGAAGAGGGAGGGGAAGAUGCGGAUGCAACGGCGGACCGGAUGCAAGUCAUCAGGACAGGCGAGACCAGGGCGAGACCCAAAGGAUACUGGAUGGGAGAUGCGGUCGAGGGGGACCGAGAAGUAAUGCUCGACGAGCUAGAAGCCGAAGUUGCUACUCUCCUGCAGAAUCAGAACCGACAACUGCUCGAUUCCGCGGCGGACUCAAAAGUUCUGAUGGCGAAGAGCAACACUGGCGGACCACGAUUUUGCCGCAAGUGCGAAAGCUGGAAACCGGAUCGCACCCAUCAUUGCCGGUUCUGCAAGAGAUGUGUUCUGAAGAACAAGCCCUUCCUGCUCUUCAUUUCAUAUGGCACCUUACUGGCUAUAUAUGUCUGCCUCGAGAGCGCCUAUCAAGUCUACAUGUUUAUGACUGAUGAUGGAGCGUACGAUAUGCCCAGCCCGGAUCUAUCAUCAGACGGUAGCCCUACGACACAUACUGUGCAGGAGGUUGAAUUCUCCCCUCUUGUCUACAUGCUUCUCGCCAUGAUCGGCGCGUUCUUCACCCUCGCGAUUGGUGGUCUAGCAACCUAUCACUGGUAUCUGGUCUGCAACAACAUGACGACGCUCGAACAGAUCUCGCACACCUACCCUUCAGCCCUGCUCCCCGUUCGCCCGGCCGCAUCCGAUACUGGUACUACCCCUCUCUCGACCUGGAAACCAGAUCACCUACUUACUCGAGCCGAGCGACACCGGCUUUUCGAUGAAGCGCGAAAUAUCAACGUGUACGAUAUCGGGUGGCGAAAGAACAUACUUCAAGUCCUCGUUGGCGAUGUCAGCCGGUCUCGGCGAGCCAGUAAGCGCAGUUGGGCCGUCGCUCUCUGGCCACUCGCGCCUUCAUCCAACGGGGAUGGUCAUGAGUUUGAAUAUGACGAAACGAAGCUGGAGAGGCUAAGACGGCUGACGGAGGAUCUGAGGCUGGGGGCUCGAUCUCAGGGGAUCGAUAGACAGGAAGAGGCGUCAUCAUCCGCUGGCGAAGAAGAGUAG